AUGGAUAGUUUUGAGAAUGUUUCUGUUAUCGAAUCCAAAGGUGCACGCAACACAGCAGCUGAAGGAGUUCCAACAAAAGAUGAUGUUGAUAAUGUUUCAAAUGACAGGAGUGAGUUGCCAGGAGUUGUUGGUGAAAAACAAGCUCAUGCCAUCAACGAUGAUGAUAUCGAGAGAGGAAUGCAGUCUGCAGCGAGUCGGGUUUUGAUCGACCCUACAAAAGACCUCUGGUACAACAUCACAGCAAACGUGAAGGAGUCCAGCAUUGAACAGAUUGAAACUAACCUACUCAUGGUGGGAAGCCCUGGGAGCGGCAAAACGACAUUGUUGCGGCGUAUCUAUUCCACCUUUGGAAACACUGCUGCGUCUGCAUUGGGUAAUAGUGCGGAAGGUGCUAGCAAAGCGAGCAAGAUCAAACCCACCACUGCACUGGACUACAGCUAUGCGAGACGUAACGAACGAAACCUAUCGCAGAUAGCACACUUCUGGGAGUUGGCACAAGGGACGGAACUAGCACAGCUUUCAGAAAUCGUUAUCAUGCCUGAAAAUGUUCAUACAAUAGUUGUUGCUGUAGUUGUGGAUGCCUCUGAGGAAGGAUUGCCGCUGGUGUGGGAGAGCGCUACCUACUGGUUACAGCGCGUAGAUCGUCGAGUAAAUGAAAUAGCGGAUCGUAUGAGGGCCAAGGGUUCUACCACCCCCGGCAAGAUGUUGAAUCGCGCUAAGAAAAGAAUCGGGAUGGAACAUCCCGAUUUAGGCCGACUGCGUCUGAGCGGGGUCCCAACUAUCCUCGUGGUCAACAAGCUAGACUCUUUUAAGGGCGACACAGUCAAGAUGAAGCUGCUUUCCCAUAGCAUGCGAUUCCUUGCUCAUCUUUACGGCGCCCAUGUCGUCUUCACUGGAGAACACGAGACCCAUAAGUGGAAGAUGAUUAUGAGUCACUUACUCUUUCAGGCACCCUUUGACAAUAAGCACAUUCAGUUCGAUCCCGAACGCGGCGGUAUCUUGGUGACAGCUGAUAAGGAUACCUUCGCGGAUAUCGGCAAACCAGAAGAGCUGUAUCAAGGCGGUUACAGCAAUCUUGGAACGACGGGGGACCCUGAGCUAGAUCGCUGGAAGGCUCUUUUCGAUGUGGUGUUCCCGCCGGAGAGGCUUCCUGAGUCAAGGUCACUCAAUGAUCCCUUUUUAAGAAAGCUUUACGACACGGCAGAGGGCGGUUAUGGGGAGCCCAACAUUGAUGCCUUGCGUAAACAGAAGGACGAAGAACUUGAACAUUACAAAAAAGCCAGCAAGAUGAAGCUGAAAGAUAAGUCGAAGCAAGCUAUCAAUUUGUAG